UUCGAUGACGUCAACAACAAGCGACUGUCCUCGGUCUGUUUGUCGGCUGCUGAGCUAACAGCUGCACCGAUUGUGUUUUGGUUUGCUUUUGCCUCCCAUGUGCCCUUAUCAUGAGGUAAGAAACACAACAGCGUCAGCUUUCCAAUCGCGUCGGCUAGCUUGUCAGUGGGAGUUCCGACAGAGCUGCCGCUCCACCUGAAGCUGCGGUAGCCUGUUAGCUUAACAACUAGCUCCAUCCCAAGACCAGCACCUAAUGUAUGCGGAAUGCGCAACCAUUGCGGAUGUGGUGCAGAAAGAAAUGCGCAUCGAUGCGACAUAUCGCAGACGUGGAGAUUACAGGGGGAAAGCAAACGUAGCCGUUCUGGUUUUCGACAUAGUUGUAAGCAGCAUUUUUUGAUGGAUUUCAGAACUGGGAGGCGAUCCUCUGUCCUGAUGUUUCGACUCGGUGUUAAACAAGUGGACGUUUAGAUACAGCACUCAGCCUUCUUCUGGUGUUUUACACACUGCACUUAGGUUUGCAUUAACAUGUCAGUACUGGUGGAAAUGAUAGAAAUGGAUUUUAGAGGUUGGAGCUAGCGAUCAAUCAGACAAUGUUAUUUUGUAUCUCUACAACAAUGAUUUAGGCAGCUUUAAUAAAUGUGCUAAAGCGGGUUUAAGACUACUUUAACUUUACGUUUCCUGAGAACCACCUCCCCCUCGCACUUUUAGUGUGUGGCAGCUGUACCCUUAAAAGGUUGAUAGUUAUGUGUACACAGAAGAGUUGUAUUGUCUUCAGCAGUAGGUUCACCUCUGCUUUGAACUUUUGUUAAUGGGGCAGAAGCUGUCAGUAUCAGAAUUGGCCCGCCAGUCAGUUCUGCUGUAAAUCAGGUCUGAUCCAUGACUGAGUACUACGAGGAGGGGGGGCUGCUGUACGAGCAAUCACCUCCCAUGCACAUCAAAGUGGAGUCUCCGGAGGGACCCUUUGGGGGGGGAGCCUCAGAGAACGGCUUCCCCCGGGAGGAUGAGGAUUCGGAGGGCAGCUGCGACCAGAGCAGCGGAUUACCCGGAGGACUCCCCUUCAACGUUGUGGUGGUACAUCCAAACAUCAUGGCACCUGGCAUGUCCUCAGAUGACCUUUUGUCCAUUGAACAAAACCGAGCUAUGUCAGCUGCACUGGCUGCUGGCGGCGCAGGAAAAAGAAAGAGUCGCUUCAGCGGAGCGGAGCUUGAAGUGCUGGUGUCCGAAGUUACUCGGUGCGAAGGAGAACUCUUUGGUCCGGCAGGGAGGCUCCGGCGACGUGAAAGAGAGCGCAUCUGGGCAGGGAUCCUGGAGAGAGUAAAUGCUGUUUCCAGAGUCCCGCGAACCCUUAGAGAGGUGAAGAAGCGCUGGGAUGACUUAAAGAGGCGCAAUGGGGGCAGACUGGCGGAUGCCCGCCACCGCAGCUGUUACCUGCCAUCCAGCAGAGGGACCUCAAUGCUCGGGCGUCCUUCUCAGCCAAGCCCCAGGCUUCAGCAAGCCAGACAGAAGCAAAGCACCAGACCAAAGCCCAGUUUUCCAUGCUUCGCUGACUCUGAUACAGGUGUAGGAAUGGAAGGAUCAGAGAGAGAUUGUUUGGAGAAAGAUGAGGACAAUCUUGAGCGUGACAGAGACAUGGGAGAACCUGAGUGUGAACCUGUAGAGAACAGUAUGGAAGACAAACUGGGAUUAGGCCUUGGUCUGGGAAUAGGACCACCCCCUCCAUCAGAACGAUGGCUGCCACCUUCUCCUCUCUACAGUGCUCCUUUCCUCAAUGGUAGCCCGCAACCCAGCAGUCCUCAGCCAUCCCUUGGAGCACAGCAGGGUCCUCUUGAAGCCCCUCCACGGAGUUCCUGGCUCGAAGAUGAGCUACGAGGGUUGGGGGAAGCUGCAAUUCAGCUUGGAAAUCGGGUAGAAAAGAGUCUGCGGGAGUUUGGCGAAGGUUUCAGACAGGACAUGAGAACACUUGUCACUUCACAAGAGGCAUUAGCAGUCAGUCUACAACAAAACAAUGUCCUCUUGCAAAGGCUCUUAGGAGUGCUUGAGGCCCAGCAGCAACCACAGCCACAGCAACAUCGUGUACAAGCGCACCAAUCACAAACACCUCAGCAGCACUUACAGCCACAGCCAGUUCAGCAGCAGCUGCAGCACACAGAACCACAACAACAGCGAAUCGAAACACCACAGCAGUCACAGCUACAGCAGUCACAACAACAUCAAACACAAAUACAGCAGCAACCACAGGUCAGCCAGCAUUCAAAUAACCAGUCAUCUGUAGCUGUUGUACCUGCACCAUCAUCCCCGGACAUGCACGAGUGCACUUUUUCCUCCGAUCCACCCACAGACACAAAUGGAAGUAUGCAGCGACCACGGCGAGGAAGAGCUGUUGACCACAGACGCAGGCGACGGCGCUACAUGGCCGCCGCAGACCCAGCGAAGUCUCCCAAACGGCAGAAAAUAGCCGAGGAGGAGGUGGAAACAUGUGGGGAGAAAACCGAGGCGGUGGAGUCGGGGUGCAGUGCACGCCAGAAAGAUGAGAAUACGUGUAUUAAAACCGGGGGUAGCCCCAACGAUGAGCAGAGAGCUGAUGUUGGCAGCGACGGCGGCGGUUGUGUUGCCAGCCAUUCGGAGGUUACUGUCGAGUCCGGUGCUGGAGCCGACAAAACGACAUGCAUUUUACCGGAGGACCUGAGAGCGGCUGAAAAAAUGGCCGAGGCCAGUGGCAGUGACCAGCGUCCAUUCGACUGGUCCGAGACUGAAGAUGACGGCAAAGAAGCACAGACGCACGCGGAGGAAAACGAUAAGUGUGACCUCAACAGUGUCUGUGAGGAUGCUGAAGAGGUGCUGCAGGACAAGCGUGUUGACAGUGACAUUGCCACAAAUGCAGAAGAGCCACAUGUGGAGGAGAAGAGUGCAGUUAAACCACAGAAUGAGGAUUUUGUGGGCGAAGUGGACGGCAUAGAGGAUGUGGUUGAAGACGAUGAGGAGGCAGACCGAGGAGUGGAUACUGAUUUGACUGCUAAGCAGAAAAAGUGCCGCUUGGUCUGCAAAGAGUGUGGGAAGAGGUUCACCCGCCGCGAGACGUUCAACCUCCACCGGCACUUUCACGCGCAUGAGGACGAGCUCACGCCCCUCACCUGCAAAGAAUGCGGCCUUACCUUUCAGCACCGCAGCAGCCUCAUCAAACACCGAAACGAACACAGGGAGAGUGAGGAGCCGCAGCUCGUCACUCCAAAAAAGGAGGUGCAAACGAUGGAGGAGGGCAUUUUUCAGUGCGCAGAGUGUGAGAGGAUAUUCUCCACAGUCGGCCAGCUGAGGGACCACAACUGCAGCAAUACAGUAGAAAAGCCUUACCACUGCCCCCUAUGCCGCCAAGAUUUCCAGUUUAAGGUCUCCGUCACUAAGCACAUGAUGACCCAUUCUUACGAGAGCACCUUUAUGUGCCAAGAGUGCAGUCAAACUUUCCCAAACACUACAGCCCUGCGCUUCCACCAGAGGUGUCACGCCGCCCUAAAGCCCUAUGAAUGCCCCGAAUGCGGCAUGGUUUUUAAACACUACUCCGUCAUGGAAGACCAUCGUCGCAAGCACACCGACAACAGCCGCUCUCACCUGUGUAACAUCUGCGGUAAGACUUUUAAGUACAGCAGCCUCCUUCAUCAGCAUCAGUAUCUGCACACAGGGCAGAAGCCCUUCCGCUGCCCCGAAUGUGGGAAAAAAUUUGCUUUUGCCCAGAACAUGAAGGCGCACUGCCGCCAGCAUAGACUGCGUGAAACCAACUCCUGUAGUGCACAGACCAGUAAGCAGGCCCCUGCUGCCGAACAGGAGGAGGUAAGAGGGCCGGGAAAGGAGAACGCACACCAGAGCGAGGAACCAAAACGCACAUUUAACUGCCCCCUUUGUCCUCAGACAUACUGUGCACCAGCUAACCUGAGGGCCCACAUGCUCAUUCAUGAAGCCGAGUAUGAAAAGCUGGAGAGAUCACCCCGACUCCCAAAGGAUGUGAACAAGUACUGGGAUAAGGGACACACCUGCCCACACUGCCCGUCCAUUUAUCGGGACGAGUCCAGUUUAAAUGUGCAUCUUUUAAGUGUCCACAAGUCUGUUUCACAUUAUUUAGAGAGACUGGCUGCUCCACCUAAAAAACAAUUCACUCCAUUAACCAGUGAUAAUGUGCAGGUGAAGUGGAAAAGCGAAAGCAUAAGUGUUAAGUCGUACAAGUGUUCAGAGUGCGGAAAAACUUUCCGCCACCGUUCAGUGUUGGAACUGCAUAUGCGCAUACAUUCCAAGGACAAGCCUUACCAGUGUAAAGUGUGCGGCAAGGGCUUUAGAUUCAGUAGCUAUUUACAGCAGCAUCUCAUCAUUCACACAGGCAAGAAGCCAUACAAAUGUUCAGACUGUGGGAAGGACUUUGCCUUCCUGCAGAACAUGAGAACGCAUCAAAAGCUGCAUCAGGAAAAACCGUUCCGCUGCACCAGCUGUCGCAAAGGCUACAGCGACGAGAUCCAGCUGCAGCACCACAUGUUGUCACAUAACGGUGACAAACCUCACAAGUGUGACCAGUGUGACAAAAGCUUCGGGUUAGCUUAUCUGCUCCGUGAUCACAUGAACACUCACACAGGAGAGAGACCUCAUCGCUGUGAAGAGUGUCACAAAACGUUUUCGUGGUUUAGUAGCCUGCUGGUACACCAGAAGAUCCACGCUCGUAAGCGGCAGAGUUUCAGCCAGUACAGUUCUUUCCCAAUGAGCUCUAGGAUGAGGGGGAGGGGGAGGAGGGGUGGGAGGCCAGUAUGGGGAUUUUCUAGACCUUUAGGAGGCUCAGGGAUGACUACUCCUCAGCAGCUUUCUUAUCCUGUUUCGGUAGUGAGAGACGCUGAGCUCCACAGGAGGGCAGUACAGCCGCCAUCUUCCAUGCAUGCAUCUCGCAUGGAUUUACAGAGCAGGCAACAAAAGGAGCAGUGGCUGUCCGAGCUACACCCUCAGCCAGUGCAGUGGAAGGUAGAUGGUGGGGAAGUAAUGCCCGUUCCAUCAUCGCAGCACCAACAUGGAGGCCCCCAGCAGACACAGUUUGACAGCUCAGUGCUACAGCAGCACCAUCGGACAAGUUCAUCCUGGGCAGAUAUUCCUCUGAUAAGUCAGUCAGGCUCCACGUCUGUUCAGAGUUUAGAUUCGGCACACACAAAAGACGGCACGUCUUCUGUUGCCGCCUCUCACCUGGUGUCCGUGCCAAAGAAAUCCAGCCCGUCAGCAGUGAACGAGAUGGUGCAGCACAGGCAGCACAAGCCUGUUUCCUGGAGCAGCACUCCCACGUCUACAGUGCUAGCCUCCACAAGUUCUGUGCAACACGAAUUUUCUGUUCCCUCCUCCUACAUAGAUGGAGCAGCUCUGUGGAGUGUCAGGCCUACUCCACUAGUAAAUUCACAGGGCUCACCAAGUAAGCUCGGGCAAGAGCUUCAGCUGCCAAGAUGGUCAGUUACCCCAGUGUCCUCACAAAAGGAGCCGUCAACACCUCCUAAGAAGGAGGACAGAGUGUGGGACUUGAGUAAUCCUCAAGUAAUACCUUCGACUGUUAGCCAGCCAGAGAAGCCAUGGAACGGCUGUGAGCCGCAAAAGCCAUGGGCUUCUGGCUUAGCAGGUGCAUCCACCUCAGCUCAAAUAGACCAAAGCAGUGCUAUGCCAAUUUCCAGUCCCGUCUCUCAUGGGGCCAGCAGCACCUUAUGGGACAUACAAACACCACCAGGAAUUCCAAAGACUAUAAACUCCACUGAGAAGUUAGUAAAUAAUCAAGAUUUUCAGCUGCAGCAAAAGCAGGCGUCAUCUGGCUGGGCCAAUGUACAGACAGCAACACAGAAGGUUCCCAUCUCCAUUCAGUACGAGCCUCAUCGUUUUGGACAGGGCAUGGGAACACCAGUAUGGGGCUUCCAAAACAACCCAGUGGGUCCUCAAACCCUGCUUUCUGGGCAACUCAAACCAGGGAAUGGACCGGAGCUGCAGCAACAACCAAUGGUAACAGGCACUCAAAUAAUCAUAAAUCAGCCUUCUCCUUUUUUCUCACCUCCACUUGCUCCGCUCCCUCCUCUUGCUUUGCCUGGCCCUCACCCUCUUCACUCUGUCGCAGUUGGUGCACUUCCAAGACCUCCACACCCAAAUAUUUUUUUCACACCACAGGCGGUCAUGAGCGAGAGGCCACACAUGCCACAGACCCUGUCCCUACCUCAACUUGCCCCGCGGACAGAAACUCACAAACUUGGAUCUCGUUUGCCUUUUGCCCCAGAACGGCUUCUCCAGUGCAUGAUAUGCGGGUGCUCUCUUCCUCGGGAGCUGGAUCUACAAAUGCAUUACUUGCAACAUGCACAAGGAGAGAUUUGACAUUUCUACUCUAGCAACAAGACUUUGUUUUAGUUUUUUGUUUUUGUAAUAAUUUUAUUAUUUGGUGGAACCUCAUUUAUCACACAUGGAUGAGCAUUAGCAAAAAGAUGGGGAAGGUGAAACGUGAUUUAGCCUGUACACUUGUUACACAUUUUAAGUCUUUUGGCUUCAGAUUAGAUUGCACAGUCAGGGUGUGUUUUGACAUGAAGGGUGUGUACACGUGCCAUUCAAAGUGUUUUGCUGUCUUUUAAAAUGCAUAUCCAAAUACUUCUAGAUUAAUGAGGUUCUACUGUAAGGUCUACAUUUCAUUUAUUGCCAAUGACCUUUAGAUUUAGAUAAUAUUAGUACUUUUCUAGUUCCGGUCAUAUGUCCUGAAUCAUUUGUACUGUGUUUCUUCAUGUACAGUAUACUGUGUGCCUUUUUAUGAGUACAGUCUGCAUGUCUGCUGUCUUUGGUAUCCUAGGCCUAGUUUGUGCUUAUUAAGGUAGACUCAACAAUGUGACCUCCCUCCCAAAAUGCAGAGCAACUGUUUCAAAGAUGCUGUAAAGAAAUGUGUGUUUUUGCUUUUGGAGAAGUGAGGGGGAUUGUUGUGUUCACAGAUUAGAUUUGUCAGAACAUAACAAGGAAAAAAAACUGUACACAUACAGUAUAAUCCUCUUAGGGAGCACUUGUGAUCACAGGGCCACUGGCCUGGUCCAAAUAUGCGACGAGUAAAACGCAAAACCAUUUCUAAUAUGUAAUUGUGAUUUCACAGUAAGAGUUUUCUGUAACUGCAACACUUGGGGUGGCCAUUGGGGAUGGGGCAAAUUGGCACCUUUACACAAUUAAUGACUGCUGACCAAUAGCUCAUUUUGUAAGAAAUGUUAGACUUAUGUGAUGUUUUGUCAUUAACAUUUUUUUUACAGUGGCAAGAAAGGAAAAUAAUUGGUUACAUAAUUUUUUGCUUCAAUUGGUCCAGUCUGCAUCUCUUACCAGAAUAAGUAUUUCAGAUUGGAAUGUACCCACGUUUGUAAAAAUCAAUUCCACUUUUUAGUGCGUAAAUGUUUUGUUUUUGUUUUUUUGUGAAUAAUGAAUGAUCUCAUUCCGUAACAGUAGAUCUAGGUGAGUACAUCAUCACAUCUCCUUCCGUUAUGAAAAUGGGCAUUAGAUUAGCUCUGGUGGCCCGCCAAGUGACUGACAAUAUUCAUUACUGCUAUCUGCUGUAGAAAUAAACAAAUGGUUCAUAUGUAAAAAUAAAAUGAAAAAAAAAAAAGCCACAAAAAGAAGGAAAAGCAAAACAACUUCAACAUUCAUCAAUUCAGAAACGUGCCCUUCUACCUCUAUCCACUGUUUUAGCAUGGAAGAUUUUUCCCAUGAUGUCUACAUAUUGGAUUAAAAUAAAAACCUGCCUUUGAUUAUAAACUUGUGUGGUGCAGUACUUCACAGUUAGCAUAAACCAGCAUUAGCACCUGGACAUUGCUAUUAUAGGGAACUCCUUAACUUUAAUAUGAUGGGGUAGGAUCAAUUUUGAACAUGUGCUAUCAGAUUUAUUUUUCCUCCCCAGGAAUUAGGUCACUGAAUAAUGGAAAGCUGUAUGGGUUCGUGCAUAACCCAUGAAAAUAUGUUUUGCA